CGCCCGCGGUCGCCGAAGCGGUGGGCUCCGCUUGGAGUCACUCGGGUUGUGUUUCUCUGCAUGUCAAGCGACACACCCACAAUAAACUGCCUGCUAGAAGUAAUAAACCCAGCGCGCGGUGGACUUAAAAAGAAGCUGUCACCUUGUAAUGGAAGAGAGUGGAGCUGACCAUGAUAUUGCUAUGGAAGGAGCUAACAAUUUAUUCAUAGGCAGCUGUAAUGGUAUAGAAGAGUUAGAAACAAAUGAUCAGGUUUUUCAGCAACGGACGUGCAUGGAUUCCCGGGAUCCAUUGUUUAUCCAGAGCAGCUCUCCCCCAGCCGUGCCCAUCACAGCCCCCGUGUCGGGCAGUCCGGCAUCGGCGGUGCCGCCGCAGCCGCGGGCCCGCUCUGCGGAGGAAUCGCACCCAGCAGAGCAGCCCCGGCAGCGCCUGUGCGAGCUGCAGCCCCUGGGAGCGCCCUGGGCGCCCAUGAUGAUUGUUGCCAGCCAGUCAGAAGAUGGACAGGUGCUGCAUGUCAUUCCUUCUGCCCAGCCAGGAGUGACCCAAGUGAUUAUUCCUCCAGGUCAGCUUCUGGAUGUGACCAGCCCACAGGAUGUUUUGGAAGAGAAGUGUGGUGAUGGGAACCUGCAAACUGUGGUAGUGGCUUCUAUAGCAGACAGUGCAAGCAGUUACAUUCUACAUCCCCAGGCAUCUCUCACCAUAUCAAAGAAAACAACCACCAGGGUAGUGGAAGAUUCUUUUCCCAUGCCUCUUCAGCCAUUGCCACUAAAUACACCUGCAUGGGCAUGCCAUCUCAGGAACUGUGAGAGAAUUGGGGACUCGUACCGCGGCUAUUGUGUGAGCGAGGCAGAGUUAGAGGGCGUUCUCACGCUCCACAAGCAGCAGACACAGAGCGUGUGGGGCACGCGCCAGUCUCCAAGCCCAGCCAAACCUGCCACACGGUUGAUGUGGAAAUCUCAGUAUGUCCCCUAUGAUGGGAUCCCCUUUGUCAAUGCAGGAAGCAGAGCCAUUGUAAUGGAGUGCCAGUAUGGGCCAAGGAGGAAAGGAUUUCAGCCCAAAAAAGCUGGUGAGCAGGAAAGCACCUCUGGCCAGCUGUACAAAGCCACUUGUCCAGCAAGGAUCUAUAUUAAAAAGGUUCAAAAGUUUCCAGAAUACAGGGUUCCUACUGACCCUAAAAUUGACAAGAAAAUCAUAAGAAUGGAGCAGGAGAAAGCAUUCAACAUGCUGAAGAAGAACUUGAUAGAUGCUGGUGGUGUCCUCAGGUGGUAUGUACAGUUACCUACUGAGCAAGCCCACCAAUAUCAUGAAACGGAGACUUCCUGCCUCCCUCCUUCACCAUCCCAUCUUUCUAUGUCUUCUCCUGAGGAGGAGGAGGAAGUUACUAGAGAUGAGAACAGCACUCUGCCUUCUCGACUUCAUCCUCAAGUGGCAGACAAGAUCCGAGAGCUGGUGUCUCAGGGAAUAGAGCAGGUCUAUGCAGUGAGGAAGCAACUAAGAAAGUAUGUGGAAAGGGAAUUGUUCACACCUGAUGAAGUGCCAGAAAGACAUAACCUGUCCUUCUUCCCCACUGUGAAUGACAUCAAGAACCACAUUCAUGAAGUGCAGAAGUCCCUCAGGAAUGGAGAGUUGGUGUAUAAUUCUGAAAGUAUCCCAGCAACGCUGCAGUGGACCACAGACAGUGGCAAUGUCCUCACAGAGACAGUGACUGUUGCGUUUGCCUCACCACCUUCAGACGGCACCGUAGGGAGCUCUGGAGUGGAGUCAGUCAUCACCAAAGCAGAAUCCAACCAGAGUGGGGAGUCCUUGACACCAGAAACAGCUCAGCUCUUGUCUUCACUCUCUUCACUUCAGCCCAAGAUAUUUGCACAACUUCAGGGAUUACAGCUGCAGUCAACAUUUACCUCGACAAACGGCUCAACAGCCCUGCUAGCUGUAAAUAACCAUUCCCCUCCCAGCCCUGCAAGUCUCCUGGAUUCCCUGGGGAGUGCAGUGAGCAGCCACUCUCUAGCACAGGGGCACAGUCUGCAGGCAGGGGCUGGCCUAGCACAGGACCGUGCUGCUGUGCCUGCUUUCGGGACUCUGCCUGGCUCUCAUCACAGCCUGGUUGCUGUGGGCCAGCUGGUGCCAGCUGAAGGGGUGGGGGACUCCAGGAGCCUGGAAGGAGGAGCACAUCAGAUUCUCUUGGGAGAUGUACAGACUGUUCCAGCAGGGAUAGUGGACAGCCAGCCAGCCCUGACUGAAGAAAACACAGAGGGUGUUGUUACCUGUGUGAGCCAAGUUAAACAAGAACCAAGAGAAAAAGCAUUGUCUAUGGAGACAGAUAAAAUCAGAGACUGCCACAGUUCCUCACCAUAGUUCUUCACCUUCACCUGUGAAGCCUGGAAGGAUUUUUCAAAUUGGAGAACUCUAAAUGUCUUGGAAGGAAAAGCAGGUGCUCUCAAAGUACUGCCAUUUUUAAAAAACUUGUACUAUGACAUUCAGACUAAGCACAUUUUAGAGUAGUUCAGAUAGAAAGCUGUUUUGGUUUGACUGAUGUGGCUCACUGCCAACUCCGUGUCAUUCAGUUGCCCCUGGAACACCACCUCUCUCUGUUUCAAGUUUUGAGUAAUUUGGAUUCUGUCCAAAUGGCCUAUUUUGUUCAUUGUUUCUGAAGGUCUUCCACAAUUUAAUUCCUUAGCUUUAGAAUGUGGAUCACAAUGCUGGGUUUGCAUUUUCCCCUUGGGACUCUUGACUCUUAUUGCACUACAGAGACCAUAGAAUGUGUCAGCUCCAAGAUCACAGAAUCCAACAGCGAAACUAUGAGUAUGGCAAUGGUUUUGUGACAAAAGGAAGGCCCAGGAUGCUAAACUUCAAAGUGAUAAAGGACAUGGAUGCUUAAGAAAAUGCAACUUUGACCUGAUCAUAAUGUUCAUGGUGUGAAGAUCAAGGAGAGGAAAGGUGAGGUUGCCAGGUGAAUGCUAAGGUGUAUGAUGAAGAAAAAGCGUGUGAAUUGUAAUGGUGAAUGUUUUUGACUUUGACAUCUUUCAGCUUAAGUUCUGCCUUUCUAAUGGGGUUCAUUGAUAUAUGCAGCCUUCCUUUGCAGUGCUGCUGUAUUUGCAGUUGGUCAUAACAACACAAUGCAGGAGUCUUUCUCAUGGAAAAUGAUUGAUGCUGCCAUUUCAGCUUAUCUACCUCUUGCUUUGUGCACUUAAAGCUGUCAGCUCAGACAAAUGUGGUUUAACCUGCUGCUGUUUGUGAUAUAGGUCUUGUGGAUGCGUUCCUAACAAAAAGAAGCCCAGGAAAACAAAGCAAGUAAUCAAAGCAAUACGUCCAAGUGCACUGUCACCUCAACGUUCAGAAAACAAACUCAUCUUUUUUCAAAAGUGACAUAUUCUAAGACUUAUGUGGUCUGUGCAAUUAAAAUAAUUAUCAGGAAUCUUUAGAAAAUUGAAUGUGAUAAAAAUCAUUGUUUUGUAACAUUUGAGAUAAAGCCAUAAUAAGUGAUAAAAAUCAUUGUUUAGUAACAUUUGAGUUAAAGCCAUAGUAAGUGACAAGCACUGAGCUGUGUAAUGUGUGGCAGACAUUUCCUUAAGAAAAAAACUUUGCACCUACAAAUAACUUGGAAUCAGUUUAAAGCUGCCAAUUAAAUGAAACUGAUGCCAACAUAGAUAUCAAGCAUUGCACUGUUUGCUUCAGAUGUUGAAUUCCUGGAGCAACAUUUAGAGUAGUUUGUAUACAGCAAAAGGAGCCUUUCUGUUAUUAGUUCCCACUAAACAGUUGAGAGCUUGAUCAUAAAAUAGGGGGGUUUUUUCUGCAUGCUGUGGAAGAAUUCAGUGUGAGGACUUUUCUCUUUUUCAGACUUGAAAACAAACAAAGAACCCCAGGAAAAUAAUUAGUUCAUUUAUGUAGAGAAGAAAGUGUUGUAAAUAUUAAAUGAACCAAAAUAUUAACAUUUUAAAAUUGUUCCUUUACCUUACAUUCAAGCAUUCACAAACAUCUUCUAAACAGCGUCCAUUUAAAAUUAUUUUUUCAUUUUCUUUUGAGUAUUUAAAGCUAAAACUUUCGAAAGCCUUACAUUGAACUUGUGUUCCAAAUGUCUUUAUGUGCAAAACCUGUUAGAUGUUAUAUCCUAGUCUUAACAUAGAUUAACUUCUCUGAAGUUAACUAACAUUGUAAACAUUAUUUGUUUAAAGGUAAUGUUUAUGGGUUAGCUGCCAUUAGAAUUUGCCAACAGGAUCAUGCUCUUAUUUAGUAAGAGCCAGUAUUUUAUCAUGCAAGUGCAUUAAAAAAUCUCCAGUUUCUUGGAGCCUCUCAUAUUUAGUGUCUACACUGACUUGCUUUAUGAUAUACUUUAUUCACUUCUGGCUAGGAAAAAUCACCCAAGACUCACGUGUGGGCGUUUUUUAUUUUGUUUUGUUUGUUGGUUGUUUUUUUGGUAGGUUGUUUUGCUAAUUGUCAGAAUAUCUCCCAAAUGGAUGUUCUCUGCUGCAGUCUUAGUUCUGGAGCACUCAGUCAGCAGUCCCCUUUUCUUUUCUAACUCAAAAACUGCAUACCAGAAUUGGUACUUCCUUCCAUGCUGCUGUGUUCAAUAACCCAUCACCGUCAGUUUUUCUUAAAGUUUAAACAAAUGCAUUCCAAACUAUAUUCUCUUUCCCUAGAUUUCUCUUUUUUUUUGAGAAUUUCCCCUCAUUGUUGAGAAUCCUUCUUUUCAUAAGAAUAAAUUACAGCUAAAGAUUUAUCAGCAAGAGGUUAUUACAGUUUUAGUUCCCUUCAAAGCAGACAAUACAUUUGUGAUUGGAGUAAAAGCUUAAGGAAAGACAAGUUAUAUUUCCAUCAGUUCUUGCCUAGUUCCCUCAUUAACAGUUCUGGUUUUAACACAGUUCUUUCCACCAUGAGGUGCAGUCUCAUCCUGUGUUGCACUGUAUUUCUGGGUUUGACUUAGUGUUCCCAGCUGGAGGAAACACUCCUUUAAUCCACCUUGAAUUGCAGGCUCUGAAAUGAGUUUUGUAUUCUAUCCUGAUUUGCAUGGUACUCUGAAAACAGUAGAAGAAAAAGUUGGAAGAAUUUUAAAGAAGCAAUAAAUAAUUAGUUGUUUUUAAAAGCUGAGGAUUAGACUUGCAAUUCUGUUUAUUGAAAAAUUUAUUUUAAAUCAUUCUUCAACCAAUACUCAUACUUUUGUCUUCAGUUUCCUUAUUUUUCACAGAAUUUCAGUUCUUUGUCUUCCAAAUACAUUUUUCUGUUUAUUACUAUUUUUGUUUUAUUUAAUGUAAUCUUUCUUUUUCAAAGUGUGUGUUUUACAUUUGUUUUGUGCAUGUUGCUAAAGGAGGAACAUGAACUCAUCCCCCGUUUCCAGUCUCUAAAUUCAAUUUAAUGCCUUUGUUCACUAACAUCCACCUAAAUUUUAUGGAGAAGACUGUUAUGUAUCUGAAAAAAAAUCAGAAGUAAAUGCUACCAAUUUCAAUGGUUAAAGCUGUGUAAGUGGAAUACUCAAGGCUGAUUUUUCAGAGUCAUCUAUGUAGCUUGAUGCAAAGUAGUUUGUUAUUACUUUGUGUUGGAAUUGUACGUUUUCCUGAUGUUUACUUUGUUUUCUUGUGGUUGUUGUGUGCAAACGCUUACUUUGCAAAGCUAAAAUUCCUGACCUUCAGUAGGCACUGUAAAUGAACAACUGAUUCUCCAGUUAUCCUUGUUGUUGGUUGUCUGUAAGAGUGAUUGGUUGCUUUACAAGAAGAGAUGUUCUUCAGUAUGUGCAUGCAAAAAUAACCCUUUGGUACAAUGUAGAGAGGUGUAAAAAGGUGCACAUCCAUAGCUGUCCUUCAAGGCUGGAGGCCUCUUGGAUGGAAACCAGUACUGGUAAUGAGUACUUUUUGUGGUACAAAAUUAUUGCAGCUUCUACAAGAUUUAGAGGCACACUGUCUGUGUAGAUAUGUGUAUAUAUUUUUUUCUAUAGUAAGUUAAUGUAUAAUAUUCAUAUUCAAAUGUAAACUCCUUGUUCUUUUAAAGUAGCAGUCUGUUUUGUGGCUGUGGGGCUCAUGGGGAGAAAUGCAAGAGCUCUUUCAGGGCAGUGGAUUUUCAGGAUGAUGGAGAACAAGUAGGACAGCUCCAGGGAGACAGAUGGCAGAAGUUGCUGAAAAGCAAGGAUCCUGCUGGGAGGGCUGGUGGGGGCUGUGCUUGGGGGGCUUUGGGGUUGAGAGCCCAAAGGCUCAGUGCAGUUCCUGAGUCUAUCCAUAGUCCUCUCGACGCCAGUAGUGGAUAGUGUGAGUUCGUGGUAGGAAUUUAAAGGUAUGGAAGUAAAGGAAAAAGCCUGCCCUGCUCUUACAAACAGAAAAGCUGCUUGGGUUUUGGUGAGCACCAGAGGCAGAUAAAUGACUCCCCAUAGUCUGAGGUGCCCAUUCUUAGCUUCUAAUAUAAAAAAGAAACACCUCUUGGAGCUUCAGCCCAGGGCUGUAGACCCUUUUUCUUUACCUGUUACCAAGGAGAACAAACCUUUUCUUCCCAGCUGGAUUCAUCUGCUGCUUUCCUCAUCCCACUGAGUGCAGUGGGAUCUGUAUCUGCCAAAGUAUCUCUUUCUUCACACCUACUAAGGCUUCCACAGAAACCUCAGGCCCUCAGGCUCUCCAGUUCUCAGUGUUCCAUGGGAAGGAGCUGCUGAGUUCACUGCACAGGUAAACACUGGUGAGCUUUGCCCCAUCAGUUUUUCUCUCUCCUUCCCUACGAUUGUAAGUACAUAUGCUCCUUUAAAUUUCAUUACGUUUUUUUUUACUUGCUUAGGGGUUUAUCAUCCUUACUGGGAUGAAUAUGUAGGAGCCCCGUUUCACAGACAUUUGUAGCAACUGAAAAGAUUUGAUAAAACAAGGAGGAAAGGAUGGUUUAUCUGCCAGCUGUUAGGGCUGGCCUCUCUCAUACCACUUGAAUUCUGAUUUGGCUGUGGAUAGUAGCUGCCUGUUGUCUGUUGGCAAAAGUGCAGUUUUCUCCCUUAAGCCUGUUCAAGCAGAUACGUUCUCAGAUGUUUUGGUAGGAAGAAUCUGUUCCAUUAGGGAUAGAAAGUGUGAUAUAGCUGAGGAAAAGUUACUGCUCGUCAUGGGUCCCUGAUGAGGAAAUCAUCUUUGAUCUACCUUGCCUUUCUGAACAAAGCUUCCAUAGGAAUAGACUUCAGAGCCUAUCCCAUCAGUAACAAUUACCUUCUCCCAGCACCAAUGCACCUCAUUAAUGAAUGAAGCCUUGUGUAAAACAGAUGGUGUUGAUUUUUUAGGUCAGAAGCUAUCCAGCUGGUCUAUCCAACAACAGCAGCUAAGGUAUGAUUUGUGGGGGAAGAAGGGGGGAGAGUAAAUAACAGGAGUGUAUGUGCAUGCUUUUUUUUUUUUUUCCAAUAUGAACACUUGCAUCUUGGUAUCCCAUUCCAUUUCUGAUGCACAUGACAAAUGACAUGUUUAUUUUCUGAAGGGAUUUGAAGUGUUUUCUGAAGAUUCUUCAAAAGAGCAUAAAUAGUACUGCUGUAUCAUAAAAACUACUUGUACAUGUUUGUCAACUAGGACCCCAUCCAGUUCUUGUACAGAAGGGGUUUAAAAGCAUGGAAAGCUUUACGAGGACAAAUACCAAGUGUUCUUGUCCUAAGGAGUCUUCCCUGGACAGGAAAAUAGGAGCCUGUGGGAGUAAUUCUCAUCAGUGGUAUGUUAGCCUCUGAUAGACAAAAGAAACCUGGCAAAAAGCAUGUAUAUGAUAGCCUCUUAUGCAAGUUACCUUUGGAUACGUAAUAGUUUUCAUAUAUAGAUGUAUGUACCUUGAAAUAAAAUGAAAUUGUUGUUUGCACGCAGUUCUUUAAGACUGUUUUAAUUACACUUAUCUGUGGUUAAAUGCUGCAGAUAUUUUAGGGCACAUGUAAUCUGAUCUUUCAAUGUGGAUAAUUGGAAUUCAUGUUUUUACUACAACCAUCCUUCUCUGCAGCACAGCUCAGUUGUCAUUUGGCAUGUACUGGCUUCUGUUAAUGACAUUCUGCCUGUUUAAACAAGAGCAUUCUGUUCUAAGUAAAUUAAAUUUCUCACUCUUCCUGAUCUUUUUUCUAAUAGGAAUUGAUAAGGCUCAUCAUGAAAAUGUGUUUAUAAUAUAGUGCUUUCAUAACAGUUGAUUUCUGGGUCCUCACUAGGAAGGAACUAGAGACCAAAAGCUUACAUACUAUUGGAUCUGCCAUUUGGACAUUUGUACUUGGAUUUCUAUAGCAGGACAGUGUCAGUACAGCAUCAACUGCCACUAAAAUACUGUAAAAAUUUCAACUUGGUCAAAUGUUGACAGUUCAGUGGCUCCAGGAAAGAUCAUCAAAAUACUUCUGCUCUUUGGAGAACAGUUUCUGUCUGUAGAUACUAACUGAAACAUAAUUAGGUGUGGUAAUCAAAUGGCAGUAGGAGAGCCAGGAACAGCGAGGUGUGUGAUGGCAGAUCAGUGACAGAGGGAGACGUCCAGUCCCCGUGUCCUUGUGCCAGACUAACAUUCUCUGUGCUAGUCCUUAAAGCUGCCUUCAGAAGCAGUGGUUGUCUUUGUGUGCUGACAUAGCUGUUCUUUCUGCUUGCCUACUCAAGAAGUCCUACAAGCCUUCAAGGGACAUGGAGAGCAUGAAGGUGUGUAAGAUCUUAUGAGAGGACCUGCAGGAAUGAAACAGAGGAGAUUAAAGUUUGAUGACAUGACUCCUAUGUAAUGCACAUUCUUUGGUGGGAGGAAGAGGAUUUUCCAGUAGAGAAUAAAAGUAAAUCUUCCUUUCCAGAAUAUUAGUAUUAUUGCUAACUCUCUCUGGUCUGUUUGACAAGAUGCCUAGUGUUUGGACAGAUCUCAAUGUUUUUAUGAGUGUGUCCCAAAAUUUUAAUGAAUACUCAUUCAUACAUUGCCAUCUUUGCAUGUCAUACUGAAACUGUUGGCCAGUGGCACUUCCCAAUCUUUUUAUUGUCUCUCUGCAUUUUUGUAAAGUAAAUGAAAGAUUGUUUUAUAAAGAAACAGGAAACAGCUUUCAGAUAUGUACUUUUUACAGGGUAAGCUUUAACUUUAAAAUGUUGUAUAUUUCUAACCCUUUAAUAACCUAAAAUAACCAAAGCCUUUUAACUUUUUUUUCUUUUUAUCCAGAACAUGAAGCAUUCCAAACUAGCCCUCAAAACCACCAUGCUCAGAGCCCGAAAGGAUCACUUACCUCUGAGAGUACUCCAGAUAACUGUCAAGAGACCAGAGCAGAGAACAGAAGAGGAAGAGAAGUUUUCAAAAAGCUGCUUGCAGGAGAUAGAAAGCUCUCGAAGUUUCAGCUGAAGAUUGCAAUUUCUUAUGGCUAAAAUGACUCACUUUACAUGUGCACUAGUUAUCUUCUGAAUGCAGACUGGUCUGAUAACUCCAUGUUUUUGGCUGUUGACAAAGCUGUUACCACUUCUGAGGUAUUCUGUACAUGGAAGGAGAUGGAGGAAGUGGGAACCUUCUUGACCUUACUUCUACUGAGAACAGAUGAUCUGUGGAAAGAGGGUUUUACCAGUUUAAAAUCAAUAUCCUCACAAUAAUUUGGUGGGUGUACAGGUUUUUCAUAUCAGGUGCUAGUCCGUGUCUAACUUUGUACAUAAUACAAGCCAUAAACUGACCUCUCACUGGCCUAGCCAUAUUUUUUGUUGUCUCCUACCACUGUACUCAUUGUUUUUUGGAAGCAGGGAAAUUGUUUUAACACGUUUUCAGUUGCCUCUUUUUCAUACCCAGAGCAGCACAGAAACUAAUUUCUCAUUUUAAAAAACUUCUCUACCCUCAGUUUCCCAUGUUUUGGGGUUUUGUCUUUGCUUUAUUGUGCUGGAGUUUGAUUGCUUACAUGACUGAAAUGUAAGAUAUCAUUGCAUUUUGCUCAAGGAGUGGGAAAUACUGGGGUGAGCUCCACUGCCCCCUUCACUCCUCUGAGGAAGCACCUGCCACAGGUUCUGCUCCUGCUCCUGCAUCUCCACACAGGCCAGCCCAGAUGCAGAACUGUGCUGAUGACAGCAGUGCCUUGCACUUUGUGUACCAGCACGUUAUCAGUAGAGUUAUUGCUGUGAAUCCAGAUCAGUCUGUGGGUCUGCCCCACUUGUCCUCACAAAUGACACUUUGGGCACAACGUAAAAGAGGGCACAGGAGAUGGCCAGGAAGUUCUUAAUGCUCAGCUUUUACUUUGUGCUUCCAUAUUGAGUUCAGGUGCCCUGGUGUGGAUGGCCCUGUGCUGGUUCCAGGCAGCUCUGCAGUGGACCCGCCACAGGACACAGCUGAGCACAUGGGUGAAGCUGGGGCACCUCUGCAGAGGGGUCUGUAGGAAAGGGCAAAAUGCUGUGUGGCAGAGAGGAGUGAGGAAAAGGGUGAAACAGUCCUCUGAGCACUCAGAUCAGAGGAGAGGGAGCAAUUGCUUCAGGUGCUGGAGCAGGUGCUUUCCCUGCAGACCACAGAGGAUCACGUGCCAGAGCAGGUGCAGAUUUUUCUGAAGGAACUGCAGUCCAUGGAGAGGAGGCAUGCCAGAGCAGGCUUCUGCUGGAGGACUGCAGCCUGGUGAGAGGACCCAUGAUGGAGCAACAGAAAGAAGCUGUUACAGACUGACUGCAACGCCCAUAUUCCACUUUGCCCUGUGCUGCCUUGGACAACAGGAGACAGAGAAGUUGGGGGUUCAAAGUGUGAAGCUGAGUCUGAGGAAAGAGGGCAACAGGAAGGGAAUGUGCUGUUUUAAUUUGCUGUUGUUUCUCAGUGAUUUAAUCUGUUUUAAUUUGCAAUAAAUUAAAUUAACUUUCCUCAUAUUGAUUCAAAUAUUAAAAUUUACAUCUGGACACAAG